AUGGCGGGGGACGAGGACGAGCGCCUUGUGCGCUUCACCGGCCAUGCCUACUUUCGGCAGCGUCUCGUGCUAGCGACGCUCUCGUCGCGACCCGUGCGCAUUGACAAGAUCCGCCCCGACGACGAGGAGCCCGGAAUUCGCGACUUUGAGGCAGGCUUUUUGCGUCUGCUCGAAAAGCUGACCAAUGGCAGCACGGUCGAGAUCAACUACACAGGUACAUCGGUCUACUACCGCCCCGGUAUUGUGUUUGGCGGUGCGGUGACGCACGAUUGCGGCCUCUCGCGCUCGAUCGGCUACUUUUUCGAGUGGAUUGUGCUUUUGGCGCCGUUCGCAAAGCAGGAGAUCGCGCUCACGCUCCGCGGCAUCACGACCGGCAUGGGGGACAUGGGCGUGGACACGCUGCGCACUGUGACGCUCCCGCAGCUCGCCAUGUUUAUGCCGCUCGACUCGGUCUCGAUGCUCGCGUCGUCCAUGGAGCUGCGCAUCGCCAAGCGCGGCGCGCCCCCGCAGGGCGGCGGCGAGGUCUUCUUCCGCGCGCCGCUCAUCGCGACGCUGCGCCCGCUCAAUUUUGUCGAGCCGGGACGCAUCCGCAAGAUCCGCGGCAUUGCCAGCGCCGUGCGCGUCUCGCCGCAGAUGAGCAACCGCAUGAUCGACGCGGCCCGCAGCGUGCUGAACCGCUACAUCCCUGAUCUCUACCUCUUUUCCGACGUCUACCGCGGCGAGGAGUCGGGCAAGUCGCCAGGCUACGCCAUGUCGCUCGUCGCCACGUCGACGACCGGCACGCUGCAUUCGUCCGAGGCGACCUCUGCCCCGGGCGUCACGCCCGAGGACGUGGGCUUGCAGGCCGCGCGCCAGCUCCUCUCCGAGAUCCAGGGAGGAGGAUGCAUCGACCGCAGCCACCAGCCGAUGGCACUCGUGCUCAUGGCGCUGGGACCGGAGGACGUCGCGAAAGUGCGCCUCGGCGCGCUGACGCCUCAGGCCGUGCAGUGCCUCCGUGAUAUCCGCGACACGCUUGGUGUCGUGUUCAAGAUCAAGCCCGUGCCGGACACCGAGGAGCACAUCUUCUCCUGCGUCGGCGUCGGCUUCCGCGGCUACAAGCGGGUGAAUUAA